AUGUCACUUCUCGGGACGUUUAACGCGACACCCUCCGUCGCCCAAACAUCAGAGGAAAACUAUGUGGCAACCAUGGAGGCCCGUCGCCAUGACCCCCACGCCUGCAUGAGUAUGAGUAAUGCAAGCACAAUGAUUCCAGAGAACUACGAGGUCAUUGAUGAAGAGCAUGUCGAGGAGGAAGUCCGCAGCUUAGCGCAACAACUCACCCGCCAAUCAACGCGGUUCUCCGUGGCACCAGAUAGGGCCGAAAACACCUUCGUCCAGACAGAGGAAGACUCGACCCUCAACCCGCACAGUGAGAACUUCAAGGCCAAGAACUGGAUGAAGAAUUUCCUGGCUAUCAACUCCCGUCACAAUGAUAAGGACCUCAAGCGCGAGGCUGGCCUUGCUUUCAAAAACCUCAGCGUUCACGGCUUUGGAAGUCCUACCGAUUACCAGAAAGAUGUGGCAAACUCGGUCCUGCAGGUCGGUGCCUUGAUUCGUUCUCUGAGUGGCACUGGCAAGCAGAAGAUUCAGAUUCUGCGCAACUUCGACGGCCUAGUCAAGAGCGGCGAGAUGCUGGUUGUUCUCGGUCGUCCUGGAUCUGGUUGCUCGACUUUCUUGAAGACCAUUGCUGGAGAAAUGAAUGGUAUCUUUAAGGAUGGUGACUCUUACAUGAACUACCAAGGUAUCUCCGACGAGAAGAUGCGCACCCAGUUCCGCGGUGAGGCCAUAUACACCGCCGAGACCGAUGUGCAUUUCCCCCAGCUUUCCGUCGGAGACACAUUGAAGUUCGCUGCUCUGUCCCGUACGCCUCGCAACCGGUUGCCGGGCGUCAGUCGCGAGCAGUACGCCGAACACAUGCGUGACGUCGUCAUGGCCAUGCUGGGUCUUACGCACACCAUCAACACCCAGGUCGGUAACGACUUCAUCCGUGGUGUGUCCGGUGGUGAGCGCAAGCGUGUCAGUAUCGCCGAGGCUACCCUUUGUGGCAGCCCUCUUCAGUGCUGGGACAACUCCACCCGCGGUCUGGACAGUGCCAACGCCUUGGAGUUCUGUAAGACUUUGAACCUGAUGUCCAAGUACGCCGGUUCAACCUGUGCCGUGGCUAUCUACCAGGCCUCCCAGAGCGCCUACGACGUCUUCGACAAGGUCACCGUUCUGUACGAAGGCCGACAGAUAUACUUCGGUCGCACUACCGAAGCUAAGGAGUUCUUCACCAACUUGGGCUUUGAGUGCCCCGAACGCCAAACUACCGCCGAUUUCCUAACUUCGCUCACCAGUCCCGCUGAGCGCAUUGUCAAGUCUGGCUACGAAAAGGUGGCCCCCCGUACCCCUGACGAUUUCGCCGCUGCCUGGAAGAGAAGUGAGGCCUACAAGGAGCUCCAGCGUGAAAUCGCCGAGUACGAUGAGCAGUACCCUAUUGGCGGCGCUUCUAUGCAGAAGUUUGUCGACUCUCGUAAGGCUAUGCAGUCGAAGAACCAGCGCGUCAAGUCCCCCUACACGAUGUCUGUCGUCGAGCAGGUCGAUCUCUGUGUUCGCCGUGGAUUCCAGCGUUUGAAGGGUGAUGCCAGUUUGUCCACUUCUGCACUGAUUGGAAAUUUCAUCAUGGCCCUGAUUAUCGGAUCCGUCUUCUAUCAACUGCCGGAAGAUGUGACCAGUUUCUACUCACGUGGUGCCCUUCUCUUCUUCGCUGUCCUGCUCAACGCCUUCUCCAGUGCUCUGGAAAUUUUGACUCUCUACGCCCAACGCCCUAUCGUCGAAAAGCAAGCCCGGUACGCCAUGUAUCACCCAUUCGCCGAGGCCAUCGCCUCGAUGCUGUGUGACAUGCCAUACAAGCUCCUCAACUCGAUUACUUUCAACGUACCGCUUUACUUCAUGACCCGUCUGCGCCAGACACCCGGUGCCUUCUUCACGUUCCUCCUCUUCUCUGUCGUGACUACCUUGACCAUGUCAAUGGUGUUCCGUACCAUUGCUGCUACCUCGCGGACCCUGUCUCAGGCCCUGGUGCCCGCCGCCAUCCUGAUCCUCGGUCUGGUUAUCUACACUGGUUUCACCAUUCCCACCCGCAACAUGCUUGGCUGGUCUCGCUGGAUGAACUACAUCGACCCGAUUGCUUACGGUUUCGAGUCUUUGAUUGUGAACGAGUUCCACGGCCGGGAUUUCCCCUGCCCCGCGUCUAGUAUGAUCCCGGCUGGACCCACAUACAAGGACGUUGGUUCUCUCAACCAUAUUUGCUCACAGAAAGGAGCCAAGCCUGGCAUGAAUUUCAUUAACGGCGAUGACUACUUUAUUGAUAGUUUCCAGUAUGCCAACAGCCACAAGUGGAGGAACUUGGGUAUUAUGUUCGGAUUCAUGAUCUUCUUCAUGGCCACCUACCUCAUUGGUACUGAGUACAUCUCCGAGUCCAAGUCCAAGGGUGAGGUUCUGCUGUUCCGUCGCGGCCAAACCCCCAAGAAGACCGGUGGCUCUGAUGAUGAUAUCGAGAUGACUACCAUGACCCCCACCGACAAGAAGGAUGGCGCCGACGAGCCAACAACUGCUGCAAUUCAAAGACAAACCGCCGUCUUCCACUGGCAAGAUGUGUGCUACGACAUCAAUAUCAAGAAGGAGGAACGUCGCAUUCUAGACCACGUUGACGGCUGGGUCAAGCCUGGGACCUGCACUGCCCUCAUGGGUGUUUCUGGAGCUGGCAAAACCACUCUUCUGGAUGUCCUUGCCACGCGUGUGACAAUGGGUGUUGUCUCCGGUGAAAUGCUGGUCGACGGUCGCCCUCGCGACCAGUCCUUCCAGCGGAAGACCGGUUACGUCCAGCAACAAGAUCUCCACCUGCACACCACGACCGUCCGCGAGGCUCUCCGCUUCAGUGCUGUCCUCCGUCAACCCGCCCACGUCUCCCACCAGGAGAAGCUCGACUAUGUCGAGGAAUGUAUCAAGCUCCUUGGAAUGGAAUCCUACGCGGAUGCCGUUGUCGGUGUCCCCGGUGAAGGUCUUAACGUCGAGCAGCGCAAGCGUCUCACCAUCGGUGUCGAGCUCGCUGCUAAGCCCCAGUUGCUCCUGUUCUUGGACGAGCCCACCUCCGGUCUUGACUCUCAGACUUCUUGGUCGAUUUUGGAUCUCAUCGAUACCCUCACUAAGCACGGCCAGGCUAUUCUCUGCACUAUCCACCAGCCCUCUGCCAUGCUCUUCCAGCGUUUCGAUCGUCUGCUCUUCCUCGCCAGAGGAGGUAAGACCGUAUACUUCGGAGAAAUCGGUGAAAAGUCCUCUACUCUCUCCGACUACUUCGAGCGCAACGGUGCCCCAAAGCUAUCUCCCGAAGCUAACCCGGCCGAGUGGAUGCUGGAAGUCAUUGGAGCCGCCCCCGGAUCCCACAGUGAUGUCGACUGGCCUGCCGUCUGGCGCGAGAGCCCCGAGCGCCGAGAAGUCCACAACCACCUUGCCGAACUCAAGUCCAGCCUCUCCCUCAAGCCCGUCGCCACAAACGACAACGAUCCCGCCGGCUUCCAGGAGUUCGCCGCGCCUUUCUCCGUCCAGCUCUGGCAGUGUCUUGUCCGCGUCUUCAGUCAGUACUGGCGCACCCCGGUCUACAUCUACUCCAAGAUUGCGCUGUGCUCCCUCACAGCCCUGUACAUCGGCUUCUCCUUCUUCCACGCCCAGAACAGUAUCCAAGGUCUCCAAAACCAGAUGUUCAGUAUUUUCAUGCUGAUGACCAUCUUCGGUAACCUGGUGCAGCAAAUCAUGCCUCACUUCGUCACCCAGCGCUCCCUCUACGAAGUCCGCGAACGCCCCUCAAAGUCCUACUCCUGGCAAGCCUUCAUGGCCGCAAACAUCCUCGUCGAGCUCCCCUGGAACACCCUCAUGUCCCUCCUCAUCUUCGUGUGCUGGUACUACCCGAUCGGGCUGUACCGCAACACCGAGCUAACGCACGACCUGCACGAGCGCGGCGCCCUCAUGUUCCUCCUAAUCUGGACCUUCCUCCUCUUCACCUCGACCUUCGCCCACAUGGUAAUCGCCGGCAUCGAGCUCGCCGAAACAGGAGGCAACCUCGCCAACCUGAUUUUCUCCCUCUGCCUCAUCUUCUGCGGUGUUCUCGCAACCCCAGCCAACAUGCCCGGCUUCUGGAUAUUCAUGUACCGUGUCUCGCCAUUCACAUACCUCGUCUCCGCAAUGCUGUCAACCGGUACCUCCGGCGCUCCCGUCGUUUGCGAAGACAUCGAGCUGCUCAAGUUCCAGCCUGUAGACGGCAAGACCUGCGGCGAGUACAUGCAUGAUUACAUUUACGGGACCGCGACAUCACUCGCCGGCGGCGGAUACCUCACGGACGCCAAUGCUACCUCGGAGUGUUCGUUCUGCAGUAUUGCCGAGACGGACGUUUUCCUCGCCAGCGUCAGCUCGUACUACAAGGAUGCGUGGAGGAACUUCGGGCUCAUGUGGGCUUUCAUUAUUUUCAAUAUCUUCGGUGCGGUGUUUAUUUACUGGCUUGCGCGUGUUCCUAAGGGAUCCCGCAGCAAGAAGCAGAAGACUGCUUGA